AUGUAUAACUCUUCCAGAGUAUGGUCUCCUCCACCGCCAAGCUACCGUACGGUUCCGAAUGAAGAAGCAGGUCUUAGUGAUGAACACACCCCGCUGAAGCCACGAGCUGUAUGUGGAAAGCGUUUGGCCACGCUCAAAGUCCUGGCAUUCAUCGUCGUCGUGGCACUUGCCUUCCACCUCGUCAGUGACUAUACCGAUACCGAACGUAGACGCCGUCGUGAGGAUGCUGUGGCCCGUAGAGAGGAUGCCGUCCGUGCUAAAGAGGAUGCGAUACUCGCUGACGAGGAGCGUAGGGAGCGUGCAGAACUGGCAUGGUGGGAUUUGACGAUGGAGAAGCGAUGCUUGGGGUAUGAGAAGAGGAUUUAUCAUGCGGAACUGUUGAAUGUACCAGCCAGCGAGGAUGCUCACGGCUGGUGCAUGAAGACAAGCAUCGAUAUCCACGGUAUCACAUAUGAUCAUCCUGAACUUUGCACCUCGGAACUGAUAGAUGGAGCUAUAAAGACUAUUGGGCACUGGACUGUCAGGUCCAACGAGCCGACGUGUAAGACCUGGUGGGGGGGUCAUCAGAAGAAGGACUGCUUUGGCGCUCAUAAACGGCGGGUUGAAGCAAAGUUGUUCAACCAUCAAGAGCCUUGGGACAACUGGGCUGAGAUGUGUUUCUCUACUCCUUCCGAGUUCGCCUGGCAGAAGUUUGACCAUCCUGAUACGUGUGAGAAUAAGGGAAGGGAUGGUAUCGUAGGUAGCUGGUUUAUCGAGGUCGAUGAGAGCGAGUGUCCGUGA